UACUUUAGUGAGCGUACUUGUUGCUAUAGAAACAUCUAAUACAAAGUGGCAACGUCUGUUCGGGAUCGCCGUCACAAAGUUUCAGCACCAACUCAUAUUGCUCAGACUUUUCAAUUAUGUAAAGCAAUUAUUUGCGUUAUAAAUGUAGCAAAGUUCACUUUUCUUGCUAAACUGAACAAAUAAUGUUGCGAAAAACAGUUUGGAGGAAAGCAGUGAGCGACCUGGUCAACUCACAUCAACAUCGAGCCCUGAAUACCACCAUUUUUAUCCUCAAAGAGUUUGGACCGAUUGGAUUUCUCCUGCAAGAGGAUGGGGAGUCGAAAAAGUACAAAGUCUGUUUGGGUGAUCCACACACGUGUACCUGUCCCACCUUUCAGAAAGAGAAAGACCUGUGCACACACAUUUGCUGGAUUUUAAUGCGUAAAUUUCGGCUGCCAAGAGAUCACGAAUACUGUUUUCAGUACGGUCUUGCGGAGAGACAAAUCCUAGAGCUGUUGCAAGGUCUUCAUGUGGCCAAAACUACAUCCCAUAAUGACAGGGGCCGUUCAGAGACAUCAACAUCUCAGCCCCAUGAGGAAGAGGGAGGGCUCAGACCAAAAGCAAUUGGGGAAGAUGAUAUAUGUCCAAUCUGCCAGGAAGAACUUUUUCUUAAAAAACUCCCCGUGACUUAUUGCAAGUUCAGCUGUGGCAACAACAUUCACAUUUCUUGUAUGAAAGUAUGGGCUGAUCACCAAACGAAGAUAAACCCCCACGGCAUGAUUAAAUGUCCACUGUGCAGGGAGGACUUUGGCACUUUUAAGGAGCUAACUGAACAGGUGAAGAACGCUGGUGAGCUGUGUACCUAUUAUGAAAAAGAGUGUCUGGACAAACAUCUGGGAGUUGUGUGUAACGGUUGCCGGGUCGUUCCUAUCGUCGGAAAGUGUUUCAAGUGCACAGAAUGCAGUUAUUUUCACCUGUGUGAGGAGUGCUUUAAGAAAAUCACCCAUCCACAGCAUUGCUUUAUAGUUCGAAAGAAGAGAGGUCAGUCAUGGCAAGCAGCUCCAGACGCCUCUGAAGGAACACAAAAAAUCACAAAUCACUCAAUGGAACAAAGCAGCAUGUCCGGUGUGACAUCUGAUCUAGUCCGAAACCAUGUAAUGAAGAAUUUGCCGAUGGUGAGGGUUCGAAAAGAGUCCAAACUGCUUCAUCCAGGUGCGCAGUGCAGAAUGUGCCUUUCAAGAUUUCAGCUGGGACAAAACAUCAGAUAUCUUCCUUGCAAACAUAAGUUUCAUACUGGCUGCAUUGAUCCAUUAAUCCAGAGGUCUAACUGCUGCCCAUUAGACUGGUAUGUCAUCUACAAUCCACUUACAUGGAACGUCAAAGCUGGCAGAACAGAAAGCUCUCUGGCUCCACCUGGUGUUGUUCAGAACAAGUGCAAAGAUCAACAACAGAUCCCAACAGACUUCUUUCUUCCAGGUAUUGGUAUACAGGUGCAGAAAGGUAGUACUCCAUCUCUGUUGAGAUCCGUGAGACCCAGGCCAUGUGUGACAGGGUGUGAUGGUCCUUCCGCUGUUAAAUCACUCACGCAGGGAUUCCAGGAUCUUUGCAUUAACAGUUCGCAUGUAGAGCCGUACUCCAGAAAACCUGUCAAGAAACUUGAACCAAGGACACUUAACAGGGGCUUAUCUUUCGGGCAGGCCAUUUCCGCACCAGCUCAAAGGAGAGCAUCCUACCCAAGCGGGCCCUCAACAUGCAGAUGUUUGAAUAUCUGUUCAGCAUUGACCAGCACCCAGAUUGACAGGGACCAGCAAAGAGUCACUGUGGAUGUCAAUGAGCCUUCCAGCAUGACCACAGCCUGUGGCAGGAUCGAACCUUUGAGGGUACGGCCACUAAAGACUACAUCGGGGAUGAAUGAAGAAAAAUUUUCAUUUCCAGAUGACAUAUAACCUCGUCAGAGCUACGCUUGUGAGAAAACGAGUAAAGUCAUUUGAUCACUUAAUCAUAUUAUUUAAGUUGAGGUAAUCUCUUAUUUAAGAAUGCACCACCUUAGGUAGAUAAAAAGUGUUUUAAACAAUGUUUUAUCUCUAUUAACAGAUUAUUGACUGUGCAGAAUAUUUAUUUUGUAGGUAAUGGUAAAAAGCAUUAUAAUAAAUAAGUUCUGUUACGAACACAA